CAAUCUGAAUCAUGAGCGCAAGCAUAUUCAUGCAAUGAGAGUAGAUGAUCAAUUGGAAUUCAUAACCAGUAUCCGGGGCCGGAAAACAAUUUUCUGCCAGAAUCGAUUCAGGAAUGGACAGAGAAACGGAGCUGCUCUCGCGCCUAGCAGCGAACCACCUCCACCUAGCACAAUUCGAGCCCUUGCGAGCUACACUCCUAGCUCUGCGCACCAGGAACUCGGAUCUUGCUCUCGCAGUGCUCCAGACGAUCGUCGCCAACUCCGCUCGAUUUGAGAACAUCCUAUGGUCACGUUCUUGUCCUUCUCCAUCUCUUCUCACCUACCUCUCAACGCUUGAGCUAUUACAAUUUAACAAUUCUUGUUCGAUAUGGAGUUUUGAUCCUGAUACAUUGCGUCUGCGAGCUGAAUUCUUGUUGUUAGUUCAGAUUUUGAUAGAUAGGGUCUCGAGUAGGUUGAGAAGGGAUGUUGAUUUGGAUAAGAUUGAGAAAGAGAAGGAAAUUGAAGUUUCGAGUGGGAGUGGAGGUUUUGAGGAGGAGAAACCGCAGUUGUUAGACCGAGUCGAUGGUUUGAAAGAAGGAAAUGGUGAAUUGCAAGAUUCUAUGCGGGUUUUAGACUGGUGUUUGGAGUUGGGUGUCAAGAGACUGAGGCCAGAUGUAGUUAAUAGCGGUGAAGGUGGCAGUGGGGGUGAGACUAGGGAGGCGUCUGGUACUGUGUCAAUAGAGGAGGAAGAAAUGACAUCUUUGAGGGCGGCAAUUUUGGAGGAUGCUGAUGUUUUUGAUGCAUUGUGUGAGAAUAUACAGAAACAAGUGAAGGGGUGGGAGGGGUUUGAUUUGAAUAUGGCAAUUACAACAAGUAAGGAAAUGGCGGGGGUAGGUUGGGAGGAAGAAGAUAAGAGGGUGUUUAGUUUGAUAUGGAGGAUUGUUCAGGUAGUCCACUUGGAUGCAAUGAGGGAAAGUGUGAGGGAAGGAGAUAUAGAAGGAGCUGUUCGUCAUAUUCGUUUUCUCCAUCUUGGUUAUGGAGUGGAGGAGGCUGAGUAUAGGACACCAUUGCAAGAUCUCCUUAAAAGGCUUUUUUCAGAAAAGGAAGGAUUUGGAGGGUCCUGGCAUGCCACCCAACAGAAAUUGUUGUGGAUUUAUGAAGAAGCUUUGUCAUCAAAUUGCAUGGAUCUUGUUCAAAUGGUUCAGAUUAUUCAAGAUGAGUUGCUUAUUGAAGAGAUAAAGAGGUUUAGAGCACUUGAUAACAGCCAAAAUCCACCCCCUCUGGAGUGUUUUCAAAGAUAUUUAGCAGAACUGAAAGCUGAUGGAGAUUUAAAUGGCAGCAAUUCAUCCUUGAAUGUUGCAGUGAAUUCUUGCUUGAGAGACAUUUUCCAUUAUGCUCGUGUUUCUGGCCUACAUGUACUUGAAUGCGUCAUUAACACUGCUCUGUCUGCCAUUAGAAAGGAGCAGCUUCAAGAAGCUACAAAUGUUCUUACAUUGUUUCCCCGGCUUCGACCCCUUGUAGCUGUCAUGGGUUGGGAUUUACUGUCUGGUAAGACAACAACCCGCAGGAAAUUAAUGCAAGUCCUCUGGACAAGCAAAUCCCAGUUUUUUCGGUUGGAAGAAUCAUCUCUUUAUGGGAACCAAUCAGAUGAGAUAUCUUGUGUGGAACAACUUUGUGAUUCAUUAUGCUAUCAGCUCGACAUUGCCUCUUUUGUUGCUUGUGUUAAUUCUGGUCAGCAAUGGAGUUCUAAAUUCUCAUUGUUGUUGUCUGGACGUGAAAGUAUGGCAUUUGGAAUUGAAGAUGCUAGGUCUGAUACUUUUGUGGAAAAUUUUGUGUUGGAAAGGCUUUCUGUUCAAACUCCCCUCCGGGUAUUAUUUGAUGUUGUUCCGGGCAUAAAAUUUCAGGAUGCCAUUGAAUUAAUCAGCAUGCAGCCUAUUGCUUCUACUUUGGAAGCCUGGAAAAGGGUGCAAGAUAUUGAACUUAUGCACAUGCGUUAUGUGUUGGAAUCAACUGUUCUUGCUCUAGGAGCAAUGGAAAGGAAAAUGACUGAUGAAAAAGAGAGACAUCAAGUGGCAUUAAGUUACUUAAAAGACCUAGGGAAUCAUCUGGAAGCCAUCACAAAUGUUGCACGCAAGAUAAUGAUGGUGAACGUUGUAAUUUCACUUCUACAUAUGGAUGAUAUCUCUCUGGAUUUGACACAUUGUGCCUCACCAGGGAGCUUUUCUGAUUUGCGCUCCAAAUGUACUCGGGAACUUGCUGAUUUGACUGCAUGUGAAGGGGGAAACCAAAUGGUUAUAUCUUUCACAGGAUUACUCCUUGAAAUAUUGCAUCGAAAUCUUCCAUCAAGCAUGAUAGAAGAGAAGGAAUCAAAUGGUGGUUUGAGUACAGGUGGAAGGCAGGCCUUGGAGUGGAGGAUCGCAAUUGGUAAACAUUUCAUUGAAGAUUGGGAAUGGCGAUUAUCGAUUUUGCAGCGUCUCUUGCCAUUGUCCGAACGACAGUGGAGUUGGAAGGAGGCAUUGACUAUAUUAAGAGCAGCUCCAUCUACUCUUCUUGACCUUUGUAUGCAAAGAGCAAAAUAUGACGUUGGAGAAGAGGCAGUUCAUCGGUUUUCGUUAUCUGCAGAAGACAGGGCUACCCUUGAAUUGGCUGAAUGGGUAGAUGGCACAAUUAAAAGAGCACAUGUAGAAGAUGCAGUGUCUCGAGCUGCUGAAGGGACUUCUGCAGUGCAAGAUCUGGACUUUUCCUCUUUGCGUUCACAGUUAGGUCCUUUAGCUGCACUUCUUCUUUGCAUUGAUGUUGCUGCAACUUCUGCAAUGUCUGCAAAUAUGUCUCACCGGCUUCUGGAUCAGGCUCAAGUCAUGUUAUCUGAGAUAUAUCCUGGAGGUUCUCCUAAGGAAGGUUCUACUUACUGGGAUCAGAUCCAUGAAGUGGCAGUUGUGUCGGUGGCACGACGGGUUCUGAAGCGUCUUUUUGAGUUCUUGGAACAGGAUAAUCCUCCAGGCUUACCUGCCAUUCUUACUGGGGAGAUGGCUAUCUCAUCUGCUAAGGAUUCUCAUCGACAGGGACAAAGAGAUCGUGCUCUUGCUAUGCUGCAUCAGAUGAUUGAAGGUGCUCAUAUGGGCAAGCGGCAGUUUCUCAGCGGUAAACUCCAUAAUUUAGCAAGAGCUAUCUCUGAUGAAGAAACAGAAGGAAAUUUUUCUAAAGAAGGUUCAUAUGUGGAUCGAAAACUUGUGCCUAGUUUUGAGAAGGAUGGGGUACUUGGGCUUGGGCUAAAAGCUUUGAAACCAACAUCUUUAACUUCAACUGCUACAGACAAUAACGUGCAUCCUGUGGGUUAUGAUAUGAAGGAUGCUGGAAAGAGACUAUUUGGUCCUCUAAGUGCAAAACCCACAACUUUUCUAUCACAAUUUAUUCUCCAUAUUGCUGCUGUCGGUGACAUAGUUGAUGGGACUGAUACAACGCAUGAUUUCAACUUCUUCUCACUUGUUUAUGAGUGGCCAAAAGAUCUUUUAACUCGUCUGGUCUUUGACCGAGGCAGCACAGAUGCAGCUGUAAAAGUAGCUGAGAUCAUGUCGGCUGAUUUUGUUCAUGAAGUGAUAUCUGCAUGUGUGCCUCCAGUUUAUCCUCCACGGUUUGGUCAUGGAUGGGCAUGUAUUCCAGUUAUUCCCUCAUCUCCUCGUAGUUUUUCAGAAAAUAAAGUCCUUUCUCCUUCUGCCAAAGAAGCUAAGCCUAGUUGUUACAUCCGUUCCUCAGCAACACCCGGAAUCCCUCUGUACCCUCUCCAGUUGGAUAUUGUAAAACAUUUGGUUAAAAUGUCCCCUGUGAGGGCUGUCCUGGCAUGUGUUUUUGGGAGCAGCAUAUUGUACCGUGACAGUGGAUCUACCAUAUGUCAAACAUUGAAUGAUGAAGAACUGCAGGCACCUGAUGCAGACUGGUUAUUUUAUGAGUUUGCGCUUGAUCAGUCUGAAAGGUUCCCAACUUUGAACAGAUGGAUACAAAUGCAAACUAACCUUCAUCGAGUUUCAGAGGUUGCUAUUACAGCUGAGCAAAGAGCUAAUGAUGGCAAGGUUAAACCUGAUAUAAGAACUGCUAUUAAGAGAGUACGUGAGCCUGACAGUGAUACUGAGUCAGAAGUUGAUGACAUUGCUGGAAACAAUAAUGUUUCAGCAGCUUCUGACCAUGGUGUCAAAGAUAGCUCUUCUCCAGACUUGUGGUGUGAUUCCUUAGAAUCUGAAACAGCCAAAGUUGAUAAUACAGUUUUUCUUUCUUUUGAUUGGGAGAAUGAAGACCCAUAUGAGAAAGCUGUUGAAAGGCUGAUCGAUGAAGGAAAGUUAAUGGAUGCUCUUGCACUUUCUGAUCGCUUUAUACGCAAUGGAGCCUCAGACCAACUGCUUCAACUGCUCAUUGAAUGUGGGGAAGAAAGCCAUUUAGGACAACCUCAAGCUUACACUGGCCACAGGAUCUGGAGCAAUAGUUGGCAGUAUUGCCUUCGAUUGAAGGAUAAGCAACUGGCAGCUAGACUUGCUCUCAAGUAUAUGCACGGGUGGGAACUUGAUGCUGCCUUGGAUGUUUUAACCAUGUGCAGUUGCCACCUGCCUGAAAGUGAUCCAUUUAGGAAUGAGGUUGUGCAAAGAAGACAAGCUUUGCAGAGGUACAGGCUUAUAUUAAGUGCAGAUGAUCACCUUAGCAGCUGGCAAGAGGUUGAAGGCGAGUGUAAGGAGGAUCCUGAAGGCUUAGCACUUAGAUUAGCUGGGAAAGGAGCUGUUUCUGCUGCUUUAGAAGUGGCAGAAAGUGCAGGAUUGUCAAUAGAUUUACGGAGAGAACUACAGGGUCGACAGCUUGUGAAGCUUCUUACUGCGGAUCCUCUGAAUGGUGGGGGUCCUGCAGAAGCUUCACGCUUUUUAUCCUCACUACGUGACUCAGAUGAUGCUUUGCAUGUUGCCAUGGGUGCAAUGCAACUAUUACCCAACCUGCGGUCAAAGCAACUUCUUGUUCAUUUCUUCCUGAAGCGACGAGAUGGAAAUCUUUCAGAUGUUGAGGUUUCCCGGCUAAACUCAUGGGCUUUAGGUUUGCGUGUUGUGUCUGCUUUGCCAUUGCCAUGGCAGCAAAGAUGUUCUUCCUUGCAUGAGCAUCCACAUCUAAUAUUGGAGGUUCUGCUGAUGAGGAAACAACUGCAAUCUGCUUCUCUGAUCCUUAAAGAGUUUCCUUCAUUGAGAGACAACAGUUUAGUUAUAACAUAUGCUGCUAAAGCUAUUGCUAUUAGCAUUAGUUCUCCGUCCCGAGAGGCUCGAGUGCCAAUCUCAGUAACAAGGACAAAGCAAAAAACAAGAACAGGUGCACCUGCAAAGUCAUCUUUCGGUAAUAGUUUUAGCAACUUCCAAAAAGAGGCUCGUAGAGCUUUUUCUUGGGGUCCACGUAAUAAUGGAGACAAGGAUGCUCCAAAAGAUGUUUAUCGUAAAAGAAAGAGUUCUGGAUUAGCACCAUCUGAAAGAGUUGCUUGGGAGGCAAUGACAGGGAUCCAAGAGGAUCGUGUAUCAUCAUAUGCAGAUGGACAAGAGCGGUUUCCUUCUGUCUCAAUUGCUGAGGAGUGGAUGUUAACAGGUGAUGUUAAGAAGGAUCGAGCUGUUCGUGCAUCUCACCGAUAUGAAAGCUCCCCUGACAUUAUUCUUUUCAAGGCUCUGCUUUCCUUGUGUUCUGAAGAGUUAGUGUCUGCCAAAAGUGCAGUGGACUUGUGUGUUAAUCAGAUGAAGACUGUAUUGAGCUCCCAGCAGGUGCCAGAGAACGCAUCUAUGGAGACAAUUGGAAGGGCAUAUCAUGCAACAGAGACAUUUGUCCAGGGACUCACAUAUGCUAAAUCCCUGCUGAGAAAGCUAGCUGGGGUUGUUGACUUGUUCAGUAAUUCUGAGAAAAGCAGGGACACUGAUGAUGCAUCCUCUGAUACUGGUAGCUCUAGUGUGGGUAGUCAGUCCAAUGAUGAGCUAUCUGAUGUUUUGUCAAAGGCAGAUAUAUGGCUGGGGCGUGCUGAGCUUCUUCAGAGCCUUCUGGGAUCAGGAAUUGCUGCUUCUCUUGAUGACAUUGCUAGUAAGGAGUCAUCAGCCAGUCUCCGUGACAGGUUGAUUGUUGAUGAACGCUAUAGCAUGGCCGUAUAUACUUGCAAGAAGUGUAAGAUUGAUGUGUUUCCUGUAUGGAAUGCAUGGGGAAACGCUUUAAUUCAGAUGGAGCACCAUGCACAAGCUCGUGUGAAGUUCAAGCAAGCUCUUCAAUUGUAUAAGGGUGAUCCUGCAUCUGUCAUUCUAGACAUCAUCAAUACAAUUGAAGGAGGUCCACCUGUGGAUGUGUCUAUGGUUCGUUCCAUGUAUGAGCAUUUGGCCAAAAGUGCACCAACAAUCUUGGACGAUUCUCUUUCUGCUGAUUCAUAUCUCAAUGUUCUCUACAUGCCAUCAACAUUUCCACGUUCAGAGAAAUCCAGGAGGUUUCAAGAAUCUGAAAAUAGUGAUUCCCCCUAUGACUCUGACUUAGAAGAUGGCCCUCAUAGUAACCUAGACAGCAUUCGUUAUGCUGAGUGUGUUUACUACUUACAGGAAUAUGCUCGUUGCCAUUUGCUUGGUUUUAUGUUUAGGCAUGGCCACUACAAUGAGGCUUGCCUCUUAUUCUUUCCUCCUGAUGAUGUUCCCUCUCCUCCUCAACCCUCAACAACAGGAGUAGGAACCUCAUCAUCAUCUGCUCAAAGACAAGAUCCUUUGGCAACAGAUUAUGGGACAAUUGAUAAUUUGUGUGAGUUCUGUAUUGAUUAUGGUGCAAUGGCAGUUCUGGAGGAAGUGAUUUCGACAAGAAUGUCACCUGCAAAACGACAGGAUGAAUCUGUAAAUCAGUACACAGCUGCAGCUCUUGCCCGAAUUUGCUCUUUUUGUGAAACCCAUAAGCAUUUCAAUUAUCUGUACAAGUUCCAGGUGAUCAGGAAGGACCACGUUGCUGCUGGUCUAUGCUGCAUCCAGUUAUUCACGUUUUCUUCUUCACAAGAUGAAGCUAUCAAACACUUGGAACAUGCUAAGAUGCAUUUUGAUGAAGGGUUGUCCGCUCGAUAUAAAGGUGGAGAAUCUACCAAGCUUGUCACAAAGGGUGUUAGAGGGAAAAGUGCAUCAGAGAAGCUUACUGAAGAAGAACUUGUGAAGUUUUCAGCUAGAGUGUCUAUUCAGGUGGAAGUUGUGAAAUCCUUUAAUGAUUCAGAUAGACCGCAGUGGAAAUACUCACUUUUUGGAAAUCCAAAUGACCCAGAAACCUCCAGGAGAAGGUGUCAAAUUGCAGAAACUCUUGUGGAGAAGAAUUUUGAUUUGGCCUUCCAAGUAAUAUAUGCAUUUAAUCUUCCAGCUGUUGAUAUAUAUGCUUGUGUUGCUGCAUCACUUGCUGAAAGGAAAAAGGGUGGCCAGUUGACAGAAUUUUUUAGAAACAUAAAAGGAACAAUUGCUGAUGAUGACUGGGACCAGGUCUUGGGAGCUGCAAUCAAUGUAUAUGCUAAUAGACAUAAAGAACGCCCUGACCGUCUUAUAGACAUGUUAACCAGCAACCACAGGAAGGUGCUGGCUUGUGUGGUUUGUGGCCGUCUAAAAAGUGCCUUCCAGAUUGCUUCUCGAAGUGGAAGUGUAGCUGAUGUUCAAUAUGUAGCACAUCAGGCUUUGCAUGCAAACGCACUUCCUGUGCUUGAUAUGUGUAAGCAAUGGCUGUCUCAAUACAUGUAAUUCAUUGCUCACAAAGUGCAGAUGCUUCAAUGUCGUCUUGACUCUAUUGCUUCAUUGAGAAUUCACAAGGCAUAUUCAAUAGCAGCUCGAUGGAAGCAUGCAAUCGCCAGCUGCCUUGAAAACCAGGAACUUUCAAAGCCCAACACAAUACAGGUUGUUUUGGUCAUUGCUUUCUCUGUUCAUUUCAUUUUCUGAUAUGGCAACCGGUUUAGUGGUGACUAUACCCACAACGGAAGUUAUGCGAUGAAAAAUUCAUCUGGCGAAAUAUAAUUACAGGUCCAUCUUGGAGGCUUAUCAUUGAAAAUGUGAAUUUUUGACAUUUAUGCAUAAAAAGGAUCACAUCGCUGCAACUAUUAAGUUUGAAAUAUAAUUUUCUCCACUUAAUUAGUGGAGCAUUUUAUAUGGGAAAAUUAUACUGCUAGCCAAUAGCUUUAGAUUUUUCCACUUUCAUUGUAUCGGUGUUGUUUCUCUAUUACCCAAGUGCAAUGCAGAUGUUGAAAAAUUUUGUUUGUGAAAUAUGUAAAUUAUUUUGUAGCAGAGGACUUUUUUUUCCCUCUGGGUUAAUGCGAUG